AUGGGCAGCGAGGCGAAGAAGCUCCCCCAGAUCGACUUCUCCCGCGUGGUCCCGUCCACGCCGGGCGGCGAGGCCUGGGAGGAGGUUCGCGGCAAGGUGACGGACGCGCUGGCCACUUUCGGCUGCUUCGAAGCGCAGUACCCGGCUCUGACCCCUCAGCUCCGCGCCGAGCUCUUCGACGGCGCCGUGAGGCCGCUCUUCGCGCUGCCCGCCGACGCGAAGCGCCGCAACUACUACGGCGCCGACAGGCCGUUCCAUGGCUACCUCGGCGACAUCCCGGGGUUCCCUGGCUACGAGAGCCUCGCCAUCGUGGACGGCACCAAGGACGAAUCCGUCCGCGACUUCGCCCGCCUCAUGUGGCCCGACGCCGGCGACAACAACGACGGCUUCAGCGGUACCGUCGGUAAGGCGGCGCAGCGGAUCUUUGAGCUGGAGGAGGCCGUGCGGCGGAUGGUGAUGGAAGGGCUCGGGGUGGCCAAGCACCACGACGCGCUGAGCGCGUCCAUGUGGCACCUGUUCCGGAUGGCGGAGUACAAGGCGCCCAACGACGCGGAGAAGGUGGUCAGGUACGGGUCGCACCAGGACACCAACUGGCUCAGCGUCGUCUUACAGCACGAGGUGGCCGGGCUGGAGAUGCAGAGCAGGGACGGCGAGUGGAUCGUCGUCGAGCCGUCGCCCACGUCGCUGGUUUUCAUGGUCGGCAACGCGCUCCGGGCAUGGACAAACGACCGUCUAUACGCUCCAUUCCACCGGAUUACUGUCGCCGGUGAAGUCGCCAGAUACUCCGCGAUGCUGUUCUCGGUCCCCAACUUCAAGGUUCAGGUGGCAGAUGAGCUUGUGGACGACCAACACCCUCCCCGUUUCAAGCCCCACGACAACAACGACUUCGUCUGCUUCUGUGUUUCCGAAGAAGGCGCUCGACACCAAGAUAAACUCAAGGCGUUCUGUGGAGUGUAA